AUGCAAGAAGACGAUAAAUCCGAAGCUUAUAUUGGCACACAGAUAGUUCCCCUCAGCGAUAUUCCGGCGGGAUCAUCCAGUAGUACUGAUGGCGAUGCUCUCCAAGCGAAGAUAUCACAUCAAGUUAAUCAUCGAAGGUUGAAUCCUAGACAAAUUCAGCUUUCAGCCAUCGCGGGUUCGAUUGGUGCUGCUCUCUUCGUCGCAAUCGGAUCAGGGGUUCUCUCUGGACCUCUCGCGCUAUUGAUCGCUUUUGUCUUUUGGGCUACUGUCGUAUACUCUAUUGGUCAAUGUCAGAUGGAAAUAGUCAGCUUGUUGCCUUUGGACGGAUCAUUCAUCCGUCUGGCUACGCGAAUGGUUGACCCUGCACUGGGUGUGGCCGUUGGCUGGAACCAUUUCUUCGCUCAAACCUCUUAUAUCAUUUUCGAGGCUACGAUCAUCAACACCCUUGUCGAGUACUGGGGUUACGAUUCCAGUCCAGCCAUCUUGAUCACCGUGUCGCUGUUGUUCUAUCUGGCUAUCAAUGUGUACAGAGCCGAUCUUUUCGGUGAAGUCGAAUUCUGGCUUGCUCUCGGUAAAGUGUUAUUGGCUUCUGGUUUGAUCCUAUUUACCUUUAUCGCUAUGUUAGGGGGCAACCCUCUUCACGACCGUUUCGGUUUCCGAUAUUGGAAGAAUCCUGGCCCGUGGGCUGGUGAGACCGCUUCUGGUCGAUUGGAAUCUUUCGUCAAUGCAGUCAACGUAGCCGGUUUCUGUAUGGGUGGACCCGAGUAUCUAUCGAUGAUUUCCGGAGAAGCCAAAGAUCCAAGAAAGACCAUUCCGAGAGCUUUCAAAACUCUCAUGACUCGUUUGAUCAUCUUCUUCAUCGGUGGUUGCUUGUGUGUCGGUAUUCUUGUGCCUUAUAACGAUGAAACUCUCACCACGGGUAGUGCCAAGACCUACGCUGGUAAAUCACCUUAUGUGAUUGCCAUGAGCCGACUUCAAAUCCCCGUCUUACCCUCCAUUGUGAACGCGGCACUCAUCACCACUGUUAUUUCUGCCGGUAACGCAUACACUUUCAAUGCUUCUCGAUCUUUGCACGCUCUCGCUCUCGAUAAAAAGGCUCCUAGCAUUUUCACCAGAGUCAACAGGAAGGGUGUACCAUACACAUCAGUCAUUCUCGUGAUGUUACUAUCCUGUCUGGCUUAUCUCGCUCUUGGCUCAAGUUCCGCAAAGGUACUCAACUGGAUCUUGAAUUUCUGUACUGCCGCAACGAUGCUUAAUUGGUCUGUCAUGGCAUUUACCUGGGUACGAUUCAAUCGAGCGAUGAGGGAACAAGGUAUCGACAGGAAAGAAUACUUACCUGUCGUGUCGAAGAUUCAACCUUACGCUGGGUAUUGGGCUUUGUUCUGGGCACCCUUGUUCUUGUUUAUACAAGGUUACUCAGUGUUCUUGAAGGGUAAUUGGGAUGUCGCGACGUUUAUCUUUAAUUACGGUAUUAUCGCUUUGGCCGGCGGUAUAGGACUAGGAUUCAAGCUCUUCGCUCGAACACCCUUUCACAGAUCUAAAGACGUCGAUCUCGUAUCGGACUUGGAAUUCUUCGAUGCUCUCACAAAUUAUUACCAACAGGUCAAAGAUGAUAACCCACCAACCUCAGUCAAAGACAAGAUUUUGGCGAAGAUAUUCUGA